AUGGUGAACAAAUGUCUUGAUAACAGUCGGGCCGACGAUGAAUGUGCGAGCGCCCUGCAUUUGAUAGCCAGCAAGUGUGACGGCACUGGCGCGAAGGACCUUCGUGACAUCUUCCAACACACUCUGAAGUCGUGCCAGCAAAGGACCAAGUGCUUCAAGGAGAUCUUUAUCCGCAAGCUCACUGACGAAUUCCCGGUCUUGAGUACAGCUCAAAUAGAGGCUCUAGCGGAGCGAUACAAAUCAGUGUCUCAUCCAGAGAAGGUCAACUAUUGGAACUUCCAAUGUGACGUUGAUGCCCUGAAGGGCGAGAGGCCUAAGCAAGUUUGGGCGUGUCGAUCGUCUGACAUCCCGGAAGCAGUUCGUAUACUAUUUCGUGCGGCCUUCGACCAGCGUGUGGAUUUACGAGAACUCUGCGUUGAUGCUGAUGGAAAUCCAUGGAGGAUUGCUCAACGACUGAAUGUGCAUUUAUCACCAGAAGACGCCAAAACAAUGAUGGACACGUUUGGACUCCCGAUUGCUGGCCAGGGCUUCACUAUGGAUCCUUAUCGACUACACGAGGCUUACAAGAGAUUCGUAUGGAAUUUCUCACACAACGACUUCAGAAUCACCAAGCCACUGAGCGAGUCAGCGGUCCAAGACUGGAUAUCUCAACCUCUGAAUGUGCAUAUUAAGAACACUGAGGGAGUAGAGGAGGCUUUGACUCGGCUCAAGCAGCACAUGACCGCAUACAUGAUAUCUCCAGCGGCUCUAGCCGACUAUUUCGAAUUUAAUGUCCCGUCAGCCGUCGACCGCAUGCGUGGGGAGACCGCGACGAUCGAUAUCUUUCAUCGUGGUCUCUCUAACCUGCUCAGCGCUCUGACCCAGGAUACUCCUUUAACGCAGGCUGAUGUCGAUUGCCUCACUGCGCACUUCGCACCAUCCUAUAGGCGUCUCUGUACGGCAACAGCAGGCGUCCUGACCCAAGUGCCUCAGACCGAACUGGAUGCCCUCGACCCGGCAUCUGUCCUGAUGAAGGCUUCUGACGUGAAGCUCAUGCCGCACUGUAGGGCCUUUGACAGUAACAGGUCAGGCUGCGUGAGAGUCUGGGACCUUCCUAACAUCCUGGCGCAUGCCAAUAUCCGCGCCAGCCUGUCAGACGUACAGGCCUUGGCUCAAGCCUUUGGUAGAGGUGAUGGGUGGGUCGACUACAUUAGGAUGUGCGAGUCAGCGAAGCGGAGCGGGGCGGCAACAGAGAAGGGAGCUUGGAAGUCAGCUCACUCUGGCUAA